CUUGUAAAUAAAAUGAACGACCUUAGAAUUUAUUUGAAACUCCUAAUACUUUCUUUAAUUAAUUUAAUCGCCCAAACUGAAUUAUUAAACAAUGAAAACCCAUUAUUCAACAAUUCUUUGCUUGCUUUAGCUAAUUUAUUGCCUACAGAAAAAAUAAUAGAAAAUGAAAUAAAUCAAAAUAAAAUUUCUUCAGAAAAUGAAAAAAAGGAUUAUAAGUUAACAGCUAAAAAUAUUACUUUAUUAAUCCCAGAACUUCAUUAUUCGUCGUCUAAUGGCCUAAUAGAGUUAAGCAGUAUUAAUAUAACAGCAGACUUUUUGGAAGUUGAAUCUUCAGGUAAUUAUUAAAGGAAGAAUUAGAUACAGAAAUACUGUAAAGCUUUUAUUAAUUACCCUAGGUAAUUAUUGUUUCGACCUUCCGCUCGUUGAAGUAUUUAAUAGAGGGGGGGGCGGGGUAAGUAUACGAGGUUUGAAAUUUGAAUGUGUUUUAGAGCAUUUGCUGGGGUAAUUAAUGGGCGUGGUGAGG